GAGCGGCUCGAGUCGAAAUCUCGCGAAGCUACAGAGGAGUCUCGUGGCGAGCUGGGUUCCAGCUCUGUCAAAAGAUUCUGGCGGCCUCCUCGAUGGUGGCUGGAGAGCGAGAGAAGCGGCUCGGCGCUAGAGUGUGAUGGCCCAUUACUACAAGAAGAUACUAGUAAUAUUGUUUACUUUUCAAGGACUUCUUAUAACAAGUGCUUUUAAUGAGGAUGGGGAUAUACCUGAAGAAUGGAUUCUCCUGCAUGUAGUUCAAGGUCAGAUUGGUGCUGGAAAUUACAGCUACUUGAGACUAAAUCAUGAAGGGAAAAUAGUGCUUCAGAUGCAGAGUUUAAAAGGUGAUGCAGACUUGUAUGUAUCUGAUGUAACUCUUCAUCCCAGUUUUGAUGAUUAUGAAUUACAGUCUGCAACUUGUGGUCAAGAUGUGGUUUAUGUGCCAGCACACUUUCGUCGCCCAGUGGGAAUAGGAAUUUAUGGUCAUCCCUCUCAUAUGGAAAGUGAAUUUGAAAUGAAAGUGUACUAUGAUCAAACAGUUGUAGAAUCUCCAUUUGGUGGUGGCUCAUACAAUCCAGAAGAAAUGAAAAUGAACCAGAAGAAGUUUCAUUCAACAGAAGAUGAGUAUCAAGACGAGGAAUCCGUCUUCUGGACUAUAUUGAUUGGAAUACUAAAAUUAAUACUUGAAAUUCUCUUUUAGAUUUAUAGCUUUGGGUGUGAGCAAUCUGUACAACUGAUUGAAUGCUGUUCUAAGCUGUGGAUUGGAAAAUAAAGCCAUAAUUAUUUUUAUAAUGUAAACUUUUCCCAGUGCUAUAUUGUAGCAGGCACAGUAUUUGUAUGGUUUUCUCUUAACUGAUCAGGGUUAACGGAUGCUACAAUUCACUGUGAUUUUUCAAUAAAACUUCAAAAUUGUAGAAAUAUGAAUUCAUGCUCAGUAUUUCAACACAUUUGUUAAUAUAUUCACAAAUAAUGUUAUAUAUAUAUAUAUUAAGAUAGAUAUAGACUAUCUUCUUUGGCCAAAAUAGAAAUACUUACAUGAGAAAGAUUUGAAGAAUGGAUUCUGGAAAAGAGUUCAUCUGCUUUUCCAACCACCAUUAACCACCUAUUAUUUGAAGCAACCCGAAUACAGAAUUACCUAUAGGUAAGCAUGAAGAUUUCAAACAUGAAAUGUUGACGUUAGAACAUUUAGCCCACUCUAAUUUCAAAUCAUUUUCCACAGUGCAAGCCCAUCUAUAUCUACUUAAAAAUCAUGUAAUCAUCACCUACUAGGAAGUACCACCAUACUGGCAUUUUCAGGAAACAAUACCUGAGCUUCCUUGUUCCAGAAUUCCUCCAACUUCUGUGAGAUGUUUUCACAUGUGAUCUGGAAAAGACCUUGAGAUCACUGGAAAGACAGAAGCUGAAAUGUUUUGAAAAUGAAUACAGUAUGUUCUGAAUAAACGCUUUGAAGAGGAAAAAUACUAGGAAAAAACUCUAAUAUUGCAUCACCAGGAAAGGCCAUAAGAAAAAAA